GAAGGAGGAGGAGGGCGGAGCAGGUCGAGACUCCUGGACUUUGUCUGCACAGCUGAACAGAACACAACAGAACACAACAGCGCAAUCAUGGACGAGUCUCUUCCAUGCUCCGGUCGCUCUAUAUUUGCUGUGCUGGUGGGAGCGUCGCAGCUGCUGGGCCUGACCGCGGUGGUGCUGACCGGGGUGUGGAUGGGUAAAUACCACGGUGGAUACGCUUGGGAUGGUUCAGCGCAGGAAUUCAACCUGCACCCUCUGUGCAUGGUGCUGGGCCUGGUCUUCCUGCACGGCGACGCCAUCCUGGUCUACAGAGUGUUCCGUAAUGAGGCAAAGAGGAACAUAAAGAUACUUCACGGCAUCAUUCACCUGCUUGCGCUCAUCAUCAGCAUUGUUGGUUUCGUAGCUGUGUUUGAUUUCCACAAAGCAGCAAAGAUUCCAGACAUGUACUCUCUACACAGCUGGUGUGGCAUGAUCACCAUGGUGCUGUUCUGUGUACAGUGGGUGAUGGGUCUGCUGUUCUUCCUGUUCCCGGUGGCGUCGUCACAAUUACGAGCCGUUUACCUGCCGGUCCACAUCUUCUGUGGUCUGCUGCUGCUCGUCAUGGCCGUCGGCAGCAGUCUGCUGGGAAUCACAGAGAAACUGCUCUUCAGCAUCAUGCCGACUUACUCCCUGUUUCCCGCGGAGGGAGUGCUGGCCAACGUCCUGGGGAUCGUGCUGGUGUGUUUCGGCGCGGUGCUCGGCUACCUGAUCACCAAAGAAGAUUACAGGCGUCCGCCCAACCCAGAGGAAGAGGCGCUGUCGGUCCACUUCAAGACCCUGACGGAGGGCGGCACGCCUGCCACGCCCUGACCUCCGAGGACCUGGACACACCCUCAGACUGGCUGUGCUCCCCGUGUCCCAGUGUCACCUGUGGUGUCACUGCAGCAUAUUUCAUUCAUGCAAAUGUUGAAAAGCAGCUUAAGAGAAUCUCAAAGAGCUCAGAAACUGUUAAUCCCACUUAAACCUGAGGCCCAAACACACACAUCGUUAAAGUGUGUCAUAUUCAAGAUGGUACAUAAGCAGAAACCUAAUGUUUGUCUGUAUAAGUCUAUAAUCUCAUUCAAGUAAAAAUAACUUUGGUUUUCUUAGUCUUAGAAUAAGCCUUUUAUAUGUUCUUUACAGAGGCUGCCAUCUGGUGGACAAACCAGUGACAGCGCGCGUUAUGAAAGCUGACGAUUCAAACAUCUGUUCUUCUGUAGUUCCCUGAAAUAGAGACUUGAGUGAAGCAGUCCUGUCUGCAGCCACUAGAUGUCACUAUUCGUCACACCCUGGACCAUUAACACAAAUGAUUUAGCGUUAACACUUAACUUUGUUUAUUUCACUGACACAACUGCCUUUGUAAAGGGUUAAAAUGCUAAAAAGGAAGGACUUUAUUCAGUCUUACGUCACGUGAACGUCACGCUCCACACGUUCAAGUGCAUUCUUGUAAAGUUUGUGUUUUCAGUUGUGAGAAGUCAAGUCAUUUCAUACCAUAAUAAUGUAUUCAUCAAAUGUUCUCUGUGUAUGUAUAUGUGUGUAUGUGUAUGUAUAUAU